GAGCACAGGCGAAUUAGGUACAGCGGUACACCAGGGAAACGCGCGGUGAUGAUGCAAAGUCCUGAAUCCGCGACCACGGAGCGCAUGUCGUCGGAAAAGCCCCUGGCUUUGCGGCCGCCACGCGAAUAUGAAUUCUUGGUCACCACGGAGCAGCCUCACCAGGCUGAAGGCAACGAGCGACGUCUCAUACGCCAGAAGGUCAUGAAGAAUUUCUUUGAGGCGCAGGAAGCAGGACCCAAGACUGCGACAUCAGAGACCAACUCGGUAUCCACGGUGCAGGCCAAGACAAAGCUCAAAUCCAGAUUUCGGCUGUCAAAGGUCGGUCAAGACUCAGCAGCUGCCAAGUCAAAAGGAGGCAGUGGGAAAACGGCACAGAGAUCAAAUCAAAAGAAAACGAAGAAGAUCAAAUCAGAAGAGCAACCGCCUACCGAAAUCUCCAGCUCCUCACGGCCCUCCGAGAGUGAACCUGAUAGUACGCGCACAAGCCGUUCGUUGUCGCCGGUCGAGAAAAGCGACUAUAUCAUCGAUAAUAUAAGAGAGUGGGAAUCAGAAGGCUCCCCAUUUGGUCUCGACGUCCAUCGCAUGGAUCCUUUCGACGUAUUGCCUGUGCCGAAUACCACCAAACUGGAGCUACUGUUCCAACUUUACAAAUCGGGUACUACAUUGACCUCGGUGAACGUCAACUGUAUAGGCACGUGGUGGCCGUUCGUAGCUAGUGAUCCUGGACUACUUCACGCCACGCUGGCAUCAUGGGCUCUAUAUGGGAUUUUGAUGCGCGGGGCCCAUUCCGUGCUUCCCGAUAUGCUUUCGCACAGGAACGAAGCGAUCAAAGAAAUCAACACGAAAAUCAAUACAUCGAAUGGAUGGAUAUCGGAUGAACUUGUCGGAAACGUGUUGAUCCUGGCAACCUUUGAAAAUCUAUAUGGAGAAUACGACAGCGCGCUUCUUCAUUUCGGCGCGUUGAAACGGAUGAUAGACGUUCGCGGCGGCCUCGACUCGUUUAACCACAAUGGUGGUAUCUUCCGAGGCAUCGUGUGGGUCGAUUACCACAAUGCCGUCGCUCUCCGUCGCCCCCCUGUAUUCCCCCUCGUCUUACUCGAACCCAUAUCACCGCCUCUCCCACAAGACCUCCUUGACGAAGCCACACAAAACUCGCCACUUUCCCUUCUCCAACUCCCCGUCUCACCCGUAGAAUGCUACAACAUUUUUCAUCAAAUGCACCGCCUUGCACUGGCAACAUCAUCACGCUACGUCCCGACAGUCGACAGACUGACCUUUAGUAACCAGCUCUACGAACUCGAAUACAACAUUCUAUGUACCAUCGACUACUCGCUCGAUCUCGACUCUCUUAUACGAGACGUAGAUGGCCCACGUAUGCUCUGUUAUAGUAGAGAUAGCCCAGAAAGCGAAGCGAGCGACAACGACUACGCGGCCAAAAACUGUCUCAAAAAUGAAGCUUCUCUCGUGACCGAAGCUGUACUCGUCUCUGCGCAAAUCUUCAUUGGCGCUGCCAUGCGUGACAUCCCGUCCAGCGCGAAACUGUAUCGAAUUCUACUGAAACGGCUUCGUGGUGCGAUCGACCGACCUGGGGCUUCUAUCAUCAAGACUUGGAAAGAAUUGAAUAACCUGAAUAUUUUGCUUUGGGCAUUGGCUGUUGGGGCAUGUGUGGCUCCGCGGAACAAAAGGUUAUGGUGGGUGGAAAAAGUUGCUGAAGUGAUGAAGGAGCUGAGUUUAGAGGGGCUGGAUGGACUUGAGGGGAUAUUGAGAGGGAUUGCUUGGACAGACUACACUUUUGCAAAGGCAUUGAGAGGGGUCUGGGUGCAGGUGGAAGGUCUCACUUCGGGAAGGGCCUAGGAGGGAAGCCGGUGGGGAGGCGGUAUCAAGCAAGGGGAAGUUUUCUCUCUGUUUUGGAUUUU